AUGUGCGCAUUGUUUCAUAGGUUUGUGUUCGAGAACAACAGGGAAUUCUUGCCGAAGGAGCAGGUCGCCGAAUAUGAUCGGCUCCGUGAUCCCGCCACCAAGCAGCGCGGCAAGGAGAAGUUGAUCAAUGGAAUCAUCAACGCAUGCGUGCCGAGAAACGCCUCGUACAAGAGCACCCCUGAUGUGAAGUCAAACGUCGUGUUCAAAAUGUUGCGCAAGACAGACACUAAGAGCGAUGCCACGCAGAAUCACGGGAUGGAGAAAUUUGUGAUGAUCGGAAGCCGGUUCGCUGGGAAUGAGGAUCUGUUUAACAAGGCCGUCGCCUCGAAGCAGUGUUACCUCGGCGAUGAUGGUUUGUAUCACAUUCGCGAGACGAUUGAGAAGAAAGAGAGGAAGCUUGAGGCCGAGGAGCACGGACAGUCCGCUACUGAG